GAGGGAAACAGAAGGAGGGGUGAGGUAUUUAAACGCCGGAGCAGGACAGCACAGACGAAGCUCUGAACUCCCCAAGAGUGAAGGUAGUACAGGGAGAGGAAGCAGGAGAGCAGAGCUCUACAGUUUGCCCCAACGGCCAGACACACACAUGCAAACACUGACAGACAGGCACACACUCUCACGCACGCACUUUUGGACUUCCCUCCAACUCGACUAGAUCUGUGGACUCCACAAACUCUCCUCUGGAACUCUACCUGUGUCUUCCUUGCUUCCACUCAUCACCCUCCUCACCUCUUCACCCCUCCCCGCUCGGCUGCGUGAGGGCAGAUGGCCGUGGCAUGGGCCUCUCUCAGGGGCGCUUUAGGCUGUGCCCUGCUGGCCCUGGUCUUAGGUAGCAGCAGCGUGGAUUCAGCAGCCCCUCCUGCAAGUUUCUACCCCCGUUUCAACCCCUUCUUCUUCCUGUGCACCCACCACGGUGAGCUGGAGGGAGUCGGGGUGGCAGAUGGUGGGGAAGAGGUGCUUCUCACCCUCCAAAUUACAGGCGGCCCCACCGCUUACAUCCCUGGACAGGAGUACCAAGUAACCAUCACUACCAGUGUACCGUUUGAUGGCCUGCUGGUGACCGGCCUGUACACCUCCACACCUGUCCAGUCUGCUCCCAUUCCUGCUCCUGCUGCCUUUGGCUUCGGUGUGAUACCAGAGCGGCAGUUUGUUGGAACCCAGUUUGUGUGCAGUGUGGUCGCAUCACACGUCAGCCACCAGCCCGCUACCAGUUUCAGCUUUGUCUGGAUCGCUCCACCACCCGGGACCGGCUGUGUCAACUUUCUUGCCACAGCUACACAUCGAGGACAGAUAAUUUUCAAGGACGCUCUGGCCCAGCAGCUUUGUGAGCAAGGAGCUCCAACGGAAUCCCCACUGAGACCGAGUCUGGUUGAGCUUCACGGUAAGCAUGCUGUGCUACGUGACAACUUUGAUUCUAAUCUCCAAGGAGAGCUUGACCCCAGCAUCUGGUCUGAGUGCAGGAACUGUGAGUUGGGAGAGCAGUGUGGGGUACUGGUGCAUGGAAGAGCAGUUACCUUCUGUGAGCCCUUUGGAGAGCGAGAGCUGACCACAGUACCUCUGAACACCAGCACAGCCUCUGUCCUGCAGUUUGCCUUGGGCUCAGGUUCCUGCCGCUUCAGUUACUCAGACCCAAGCAUCGUUGUGUCAUACAGCCUUAGCGGGGUAGCCAAUACUUCAGAUGACUGGAUCAUACUGGAGAAGAUCAGAGCCCCCACUAACAGCAGCACUGUGGUCCACCUGCUUCCCCUGCCACCGCAGUCCAUGGCUGAUGGUGUUCGGCUGCGCUGGGCUCAGGAGGCCUCCCGUGGCCCUGAUGGCUAUGAGUCAUGCUGGGGCCUGGACAACGUGCUUCUGCUCAAUGCUGCCCAUAAAUCCCCCCUGAUGGAGGACAAUUUGGACCCACCGGAUACUUCUAACUGGCUCUUCUUCCCUGGAGCUACUGUGAAGCAUGCAUGUCAGUCGGAGGGCAAUGCUCUGUAUUUCCAUGGUGGCGAGCGAGGUAGCCACAGCUUUUCCUCCACCAGAGACAUUGACCUACACCGAGAAGAAGGGAGGAGCUACUGGGAGGAGGACUUUGAAAGCCCACCAUCAAACUGGGACAUUGACGGAGCUGUUUAUGGGACCCAGUGUGGAGAGAUCGAGUCAGGCUCAGCGCUCGUGUUUGAGAAGGAGGGUCGGCGAAGGAUGUGCACGCCCUACCUUGACACCACCUCAUAUGGAAACCUCCGCUUUUACUUUACCAUGGGUGGUGGUGACUGUGAUCCAGCAGAAUCCCAUGAACAUGAUGUGGUUCUUUUUGGAAGAUCUGAAGGCAGGAGAGAACGUGUGGUGCUGGACAUACUGCCAUAUUCAUCUUACAGGACUCCUGCGGUGGUGUCCGUGGCACUGCCCACUGAGCUUCAAGCGCCAGUCACUCAGUUCUGUCUGGAGCAGCGGUCACACGGCGGUGCCAACCGCCACAUGUGGGCUGUGGACUUCAUGCAGCUGCUGCCAGUGUUGCCUGGCACCCACACACAUGUUGCUCAGUUCUCCAUCAACCUCGGCUGUGGCUCGUACCAGCCUGCCAACAGCGUCAGUUUGGAGUUUUCCACCAAUCACGGUCGUUCCUGGUCCCUGCUCCACACUGAGUGUCUGCCAGAGUUAUGUGUCGGACCCCACCUCCCUCACAGCACCAUCUACUCCUCCGACAACUACAGCGGGUGGACCAGAAUCUCCAUCCCUCUGCCCAACGCUGCACUGACAGACAGCACACGCUUCCGCUGGAGACAGUCAGGCACUGGAGUGGGAAACAUGUGGGCCAUAGACAAUGUUUACAUUGGUCCUGCCUGUCUCCGUUUCUGUUCUGGGAGAGGACAUUGUUCACGCACAGGCUGCAAAUGUGACCCAGGUUUCAGUGGUCCAGCCUGUGAGCUGGCCUCCCAGACCUUCCCAGCUUUCCUGUCUGAGGGUUUUUCCAGUCCACGCCUCUCCUCCUACCACAGCUUCUCCUCACUUCGGGGCGCUGAAGUUAGCUUUGGGUGUGGCGUGCUGGCCAGCGGCAAAGCCUUGGUCUUCAACAGGGACAACAGGAGACACUUGGUCACUGCUCCGCUAGACAGUUCCCAGGCCAGGUACCUACAGUUCACUCUGCGGCUGGGCAGUCGCAGCACCCUCAGCUCAUGUCCUGCUCCUAACCAGCCAGGGGAAGGCGUGGUGCUGCAUUACUCCUCAGACAACAGUAUCACCUGGACUUUGCUCCAGCACUACGCUUACCAAGGCUUCCACGAGCCGAGGAUUGUGUCGGUGGAACUGCCCUCCGGUGCUCGUAAAUUUGGCGUGCAGUUCCGGUGGUGGCAGCCAUACCAUUCAGGCCGGGGCCACGAUGUGUGGGCACUGGAUGAAAUCAGCAUGACAUCUGUGCUCUUCAACACAAUAAGUCUGGACUUCAGCAAUGUGCUGGACGUCACCCAGAGUCUCGGUUUCUACCUCGGGCAUGUUCAGCCCUACUGCCAGCAUGAUUGGACUCUGAGCUUCUCUGGUGAGCCGAGCCCUGGUUCCAGUAUUCGUUACGUGGAGACCCAGUCGAUGCAGAUUGGAGCCUCCUACACUUUGCAGUUCUCUCUAGUCAUGGGCUGUGGCCGUGAGCCCUCCCCCCACAUUGACACACAAGUCCGACUGGAGUUCUCCACCAAUCACGGCCUGACCUGGCACUUAGUGAAAGAGGCCUGUCUGCCUGGCAUGCCCAGCUGCUCAGAGUUCACAGCGCCGAGUGUGUACCACCCGUCUGAGUUCAAGAACUGGAGACGCAUCACUCUGUCUCUGCCUCAGAAGACAUGGUCCAGUGCCACACGCUUCCGCUGGAUCCAGAACUACUAUGGAGAACAGGAUGAGUGGGCACUGGAUGACAUCUACAUUGGCCAGCAGUGUCCCAACAUGUGCCAUGGACACGGCUGGUGUGACCAUGGACACUGCAGGUGUGACGAUGGCUUCUCUGGUACAGACUGCCAGCCUUCCUCCCCUCUCUCCUCCAGCGUGCUCUCCGACUUUGAAUCCCAAGAUGCAUUGCUGGCCACAUGGCUGGAGGUGAUUGGUGGAGAGGUGGUGACCCCUGACUUGGGCUGUGGAGUCGUGUCAUCGGGAUCGUCCUUAUAUUUCAGCAAGGCUGGGCUGAGGCACCUAGUGAGCUGGGACCUGGACACUGAGUGGGCGGAGUUUGUACAGUUUUACCUCCGUGUAGGUGGAGAUUGGGCAGAGUGUAACCAGGCGGAUAGCAGGGAGGAGGGGGUGUUGUUACAGUACAGCAACGACGGCGGCAUUAGCUGGGGCCUCAUCGCUGAGAUGUACUUCACAGACUUCACCAAACCUCGGUUUGUUCACUACGAGCUGCCCUUAGCCUCAAAGACACCCUGCACGAGGUUCCGCUGGUGGCAGCCUCUUCACUCUGGAGAGGGCUAUGACCAGUGGGCAAUUGAUGAUGUCAUUAUUUUGUCUGAGAGAGAGAAGCACAUUAUCCCCAUGGCCAGUCCUACUCUACCACAGAACUUCUAUGAGAAGCCAGCGUUUGACUACCCUUUCAACCAGAUGAGUGUGUGGCUGAUGCUUGGUAAUGAAGGCAUGGAGAGGGAAAGCAAUAGCAGCUUCUGUGCCCCAACGCCCUCUGCCAUGGUGUUUGGACGCUCUGAUGGGGACCGGGUUGCAGUCACCAGAGACUUGGCCUUGCGUCCUGGUUACACUCUUCAAUUUAAGUUAAAUAUAGGUUGUGAAUCAGAGUUCAGCGCAUCUGCUCCAGUUAUGCUGCAGUACUCCCAUGAUGCUGGGCGUACCUGGGCACUAGUAAGAGAAGGCUGCUACCCAGGAUCACCAGGUGCAGGGAUUUGUGAGGGCAGUGGUCGUGAGCUAAGAGAUCCCACUGUCUACAACACUGGGGACUACGAACAGUGGAUCAGAAUCACUGUGGCCAUGCCACGCAAUGUUGCAGCCAGUAAAACAAGAUUCCGUUGGUUCCAGGAAAGUAGUGUGUUCAGGGAUGCACCUGCUUUCGCAUUAGAUGGGGUCUCCAUCUCUGAGCCCUGUCCAAACCAUUGUGGGGGACAUGGAGAUUGCAUCUCUGGAGUGUGCUUCUGUGAUAUGGGAUACACAGUGGAACAGGACAGUUGCGUGCCAUCUGUGGCUAGCCCGACCGAGCUGACUGAGGGCUUUGAGGGGAAGCUCAGCCCACUCUGGCAGAGCCUAAGUGGAGGACAAAUUGGAGGAGGCUGUGGCAUCAUUGGUGAGGGCAAAGCCCUUUAUUUCAGCAGCCCUGGGAGAAGAGAAGCGCACACUGUGCCUCUAGACACCACCAACACACGGUUGGUUCAGUUUUAUAUCAGAAUUGGCAGCAAGAGUUUGGGACCCACUUGUACCAGACCUCGAUCUCGUAAUGAAGGUGUCAUUGUCCAGUUCUCUACCAACAAUGGUGUUCAGUGGCAGUUUCUGAGGGAACUGGACUUUAGUUCUUUCCUGGAGCCCCAAGUCGUAACCAUUGAGCUCCCACCAUCAGCCAAAACCCCCUACACGGUCUUUCGGUGGUGGCAACCACAGCAGGGGAAACAUUCUGCCCAGUGGGCUCUGGAUGACAUUCUGAUUGGUAUGAAUGAUAGCUCCAGGACAGGUUUCCAUGACAAGUUUGAUGGUACCACUCCUCUGAGGCACAACUGGUACCGCAUUCAAGGUGGAGAGGUGACUGUGGACUGCCUGUCCCUGGACACAGCGCUCACCUUCAACUCUGAGGCCAUCGAUAAGAAGCCAAGGUAUGCAGAGAGCUGGGACUUUGAGGUGUCAGGUUCAUCCUUCCUGCAGUUUGAGCUGAGUAUGGGCUGCAGUAAGUCCUCGUCCUUCUCACAUGGUGUGCGAUUGGAGUACUCCACAGACUGCGGCCGCCACUGGUCACUCAUCACCCCAGAGUGUGUGCCUCCAGCCAUCGGCUGUGCUGGAUAUACUCAAAGCUCUAUCUAUACUUCAACCCAGUACAAACACUGGAGAAGGAUCACUGUUUACCUGCCAAGUGCUGCCAAUUCCCCUAGAACUCGGUUCCGUUGGAUCCAGACCCAUUUCACCCCAGGAGCAGAGGGCUGGGCUCUGGAUAAUGUGCUACUUGCCCCUGGAUGCCCCUGGAUGUGCUCUGGACAUGGACUAUGCGACAGUGGACGCUGUGUGUGUGACAAGGGGUAUGGCGGAGCUCACUGUGUGCCCUUAGCCCCGCUGCCAUCUGUACUGAGAGAGGACUUUAAUGAGAACCUGCAACAGGACAGCUGGCCUGAGGUCUAUGGAGCAGAGCGGGGCACUUUGAGUGGAGAGCCUCUCAAGUCUGGUGCUGCGCUUAUCUUCAAAGGGGACGGUCUACGUAUGUUGGUGUCACGUGAUCUGGACUGCACAAAUACUCUUUACAUCCAAUUUUCCUUCAAAUUCAUCACGAAAGGUAUCCCAGAGCGCUCCCACUCAGUGCUGCUGCAAUACUCAGUGAACGGAGGAAUCAGUUGGCUGCUGUUGGAUGAAUUUUAUUUUCCAACUUCCACUGAUACAUUGUUCCUCCACCUGCCACUGCCAGCCAGUGCUCAAACCAAUGCUACCCGUUUCAGACUGUGGCAGCCUUACAACGGCGGCAAAAAGGAGGAGGUGUGGGUGAUUGAUGAUCUGAUUAUUGAUGGCAGCUCCUUACACAAUCCACCAGUGGUCAUAGACAGCUUUGAAGAUGGCCCCAAUGAGUCCAACUGGCUGUUCUUUCCUGGUGGAAAUACUGGACUGUACUGUCCCUACCAGAAGACUGGCCUGGAGGAGGACGAGUCAGCCAUGGUGUUUGUCUCCAGUGAACUUGGAGAGCACUCCAUCACCACCAGGGACAUUGACGUAAAUGAAAACACGAUUAUCCAGUUUGAGAUUAAUGUGGGCUGCACAGCUGAAAGCUCCUCCGCCCACCCAGUGCGACUUGAAUUCUCACGGGACUUUGGGGCUACGUGGCACCUUCUGGUGCCACUAUGUGCCGGCGGGCCUCAGCCCUCCUCACUGUGCUCCACAGAGCUCCACCCUGCCAGCAUCUAUUUUCCUGGUACAACUCAAGGGUGGAGAAGGGAAGUCAUCCAGUUUGGCAAGUUGCGCCUCUGUGGCUCGGUGAGGUUUCGUUGGUACCAAGGUUUCUUUUCAAGUGGUUCUUCUCCACCCACAUGGGCACUGGACAAUGUCUACAUUGGACCACAGUGUCAAGACAUGUGCAACGGUCAUGGGGCGUGUGUGGGUGGCACCCACUGUACCUGUGAUCCUGGUUACUCUGGACCCGACUGCUCUAUUCCUGACACCCCAAACCCUGACUUCCUCAAGGAGGACUUUGAAGGAGGCGCUGUUGACACUGAGCAUUUCAGAUUACUGAGCGGUGGCAAACCAUCCAGAAAAUGUGGCAUCAUGUCCAGUGGGAACCACCUGUUCUUCAGUGAGGACGGGCUUCGCAUGUUGGUCACCAAUGAUAUGGACCUGUCCAAUGCCAGGUUUGUGCAGUUCUUUCUACGUUUGGGCUGUGGCAAAGCAGCUCCUGACCCACGCUCUCAGCCUGUGUUGCUGCAGUUCUCUGUGGAUGGAGGUCUCACCUGGGGCCUCCUCCAGGAGUUUCUCUUCAGCAACAGCAGCAAUCAGGCUCGCCUGGUGGCCCUGGAGAUCCCUCUUCGUGCCCGCACCUCCUCCACUCGCCUCCGCUGGUGGCAGCCCUCUGAGAACGGACACUUUUAUAGCCCCUGGGUCAUUGAUCAGGUGGUGGUAGGUGGAAGUGCUAGUGGCUGGGGACCUCUGGAAGAUGAUUUCUCCUCAGUCGAUGGACGUUCUUGGCUUCUUCACCCAGGAGGAACUAGGAUGCCUGUUUGUGGCUCCGAUGGGCCUGCUUUUGCAUUCAUCGAGAAGUCCAACACUCGUUAUGCUGUUACCACUGACAUCAGUUUAGGACAAGAUGCCUUCAUCCAGUUUGAAUUUUCUGCAUCAUGCUCGGUCACCAAUUCUUGCUACUCUGUAGAGCUGGAGUAUUCUCUAGAUCUGGGUCUGACAUGGCAGCCUGUGGUCAGGGAUUGCCUGCCUACCAGCCCUGACUGCUCUUCAUACACUCUGCAGAGGCUUCUGGUUUCUGACACUUUUAACAAGUGGGGCCGCAUCACUCUACCCAUCCCAUCAUAUGCCAGGUCUCCAGCUACAAGGUUCCGUUGGUACCAACAGGCUCCAUUUGACAAGCAGCAGACCUGGGCUUUAGAUAACCUCUAUAUUGGAGAUGGCUGUCCAGAUAUGUGCUCUGGGCAUGGACGUUGUCAACAGAGCUCCUGUGUGUGUGACCCAGAAUGGGGUGGAGAGUACUGCGAUGAGCCCGUGGUUCCAUUGCCCUCCCAGCUGAAGGACAGCUUCAGCCGAGCUCCAUCGCUCAGCCACUGGCACAUACUGACGGGUGGGAAACUCAGUACAGUGUGCGGGGCUGUGGCCUCUGGAGCAGCUCUGCACUUCAGUGGGAGUUGCAGCCGGCAGUUGGUGACAGUUGACCUGAACCUGACCAAUGCUGAGUUCAUCCAGUUCUACUUCAUGUAUGGCUGCAUGAUCCCGCCAAGCACCCGUAACCAGGGCGUGCUUCUGGAGUACAGUUUGAAUGGAGGAAUCAACUGGCAUCUCCUGACUGAGAUCUUUUACGAUUUGUACACAAAGCCUGGGUUUGUAAAUGUGCUGCUGCCCCCUGCUGCCCGCCAGGAAGGUGUGCGUGUGCGCUGGUGGCAGCCACAGCAUGAGGGGGCAGACCACAGCGACUGGGCACUGGAUAAUAUCUUGAUAGCAGGAUCAGAUCCGCGGGCACAGAUCUCUGACACAUUUGGAGGGGUGGCAUUACCAAACCAUGAAAGAACACCUGCUGAUGGGACAUCAGGAAGGAUUGGUCAAGUGAGCGAGCAGGAAGAAACCCCCAUAGUGAGCAGUCAUUGGUUGUUCUCAGAGGACUGCUCAGUACAACGCUUCUGCAGCUCUCCUGAUGGGGUGAUGGUGUGUGGCAAUGCUGAUGGGAGGGAGGUGUACGCAGUGACACACGAUAUCAUUCCAGACAAGGGCUGGGUUAUGCAAUUCAAGAUUGCAGUCGGCUGCAGUGUGCCGGAGCGCCAUGCAGACCGGCAGGUCCACAUUCAGUAUUCAGUGGACUUUGGAGUGACUUGGAAAUAUCUGGUGCCUCAGUGCCUCCCCGCAGACCCCCGAUGUGGUGGUCAGGUGUCCCAGCCUUCAGUCUUCUUCCCCGCCAUAGGCUGGAAGAGGGCAGUCUACCCUCUGCCUGACAGCCUUGCUGACACUGCGGUGCGGUUCCGGUUUUAUCAGCAGCACUCUGACAUUCAGUGGGGUGUGGAGAACUUUUACAUCGGACCAGCAUGUAAAAGCCACUGUGGGGGACACGGGGACUGUCUGGAUCAGCGCUGUCUCUGUGACCCGGGGUUCACUGGACCAAACUGCUAUGCCAGCUCUGCCCUCAAAGCCUCUCUAAAGGAGCGUUUUGACUGGGAAGGAGCAGCUGGCCCUCAGUGGCAGGUGCUGGAGGGGGGUCGGCCCUGCACAGACUGUGGUGUAUUGGUAGAGGGGAUGGCUCUGUACUUUGGAGGGGCUGAUGCCAGACAGGCCGUCACAGCUGACCUGGAUCUUCGAGGAGCCAAAUUUGUGGAGUACUGGGCCAGGAUAGGAAGUGAAGACAACAUGACCAUGUGUCACCGCCCAACAUGUCGCAAAGAGGGAGUCCUGCUGGACUACUCUACUGAUGGAGGUGUGUCGUGGACGCUGUUGCACGAGAUGGACUAUCUGAAGUAUGUAUCGGUGAGGAGAGACUACAUUGUUCUCCCAGAGACGGCUCUAACGAAUGCUACUCGUCUGCGCUGGUGGCAACCUUUUACUGUUUCCUCUGGUCUGGCCACACCCAGUCUGGAAAGAGCCCAGUGGGCCAUAGAUAAUAUCUUGGUUGGGGGGUCAGACAUCAAUCCAUCAACCCUGCUCGAUACCUUUGAUGACGAGGGUGUUUCUCACGAGGAGAGCUGGAGUUUUUACCCCAAUGCAGUGCGCACAGCUGGCUUCUGUGGAAACCCCUCAUUCCACCUGUACUGGCCGAACAAGAACCAAGACAGGACGCACAACAUACUGGCCACUCGUGAACUCAUAGUGCAGCCUGGAUAUAUUUUACAGUUCAAGAUUGUUGUUGGCUGUGAGGCAGAUCCCUGUGAAGACCAUCAUUCUGUCCUGCUGCAGUACAGGAAGGAUGCAAGGUCUGACUCAUGGCAGCUGGUACAGUCGGAGUGUCUCCCCUCCUCGGUCAACAACGUGGGCUGCUCUCCCUUCCAGUUUCACGAAUCCACAAUCUAUAGUCCAGUUAACAGCUCGACAUGGACCAGGGUCACCGUGCAGCUGCCUGACCACGUUUCCUCAGGGGCGACCCAGUUCCGCUGGAUUCAGAAGGAGGGGACAGAAGAGCGGCAGAGCUGGGGAGUUGAUCACGUGUACAUCGGAGAGGCGUGUCCUGGGCUCUGCAGCGGCCAUGGAUACUGUACAAGUGGAGUGAUCUGCAUCUGUGAUGAGGGAUAUCACGGUGACGACUGCUCCCUCUCCAGUAGUGACCUGCCAAGUUCCAUCAAGGACAACUUUGAGUCCCGCAGUGUGUCUCAGGAGAGCUGGCAGCUGAUCCAGGGUGGUGGGGUGGGCAGUGGCUGUGGGCAGCUGUCACCACACGCACACGGUGACUCGCUCUACUUCAGCGGCUGUAAGAUGAGGCAGGCUGUGACCAAACCUCUGGACCUCACUCGAGCCAGUAAGAUCAUGUUUGUGCUGCAAAUCGGCAGCGUGUCUCAGACAGACAGCUGCAACAUAGCUCUGGAUCAGGCCAACACGGUGGACCGGGCCGUGCUGCUGCAGUACAGCAUCAACAACGGAGUCAGCUGGCACGUCAUUGCCCAGCACCAGCCCAAAGACUUUAUAAAGGCCCAGAGAGUCUCCUACAACAUCCCACUAGAGGCGAGGGUUAAAGGGGUGAUGCUGCGAUGGUGGCAGCCACGCCAUGAUGGUGCAGGACAUGACCAGUGGGCGCUGGACCAUGUGGAAGUAGUUCUUGUCAGCACUCGUAAACAAAACUACAUGAUGAACUUUGCCAGACAGACGGGGGUACGCCACUACUACAGCCGCAAGAGGCGGGCCCUGCGACAGCGCGCCUGAAUCCCCGCCCCCGAGGAAGGAUUUGCCUGUUGACCUGCCAAUCACACACUGAUCUGCCAUGCACAUCCUUAUUUUUCCCCCUGACAGCAUAGUGCCCCGCUGACUUCUGUUGACCAGUGGACUUAGACAACCCCGACCUCUCAUCCCCAACCCUGAGGCAAUCAAGGCCUUUCCAACCACAUGGGUUGGUGAGAACAAAAUUCAGAGGGAAUUGUGAUGUGGCAGUUUUGUUUACUUUUUUCCACCAUGGACUGUCGGGGUUUGUAGUUGUUUUCUAAUUGUUGCUGUGGUUCUUUUGAUUCCUAUUCUUACUUGUGAUAUCCCGCCCUUUGGCAUAUCUUCCCUGCUGGUCCCGAUUCAUCCCGCUCCUGUUCCUAUCACACUGUGAAAUCAAAAGUUAAUAUAUUUCUGCUCAACUGACCAGCCAAUUGGAGAGUUGCCUCCUUGUUCCGCCGAGCCGCCGGGGGAGGACAACUACCGCCACAAGUAUGUCAGGAGAACAACCACGAUGACAAUACUGACCACGAGGAGGAAAAAAAGAUGCUUAAAAAAAUACUGUGUUCUUGCUGUUCUGUGUGUCUGUGAGUUCUUUUUGUGAUGAGUUGACUGUGGUGUUCUGUUUGUUUGUUUGUUUGUUUGUUUUCUACUAAUUCACAUGCUUUUAAAGGGGGAGGGGUGGCGCUGCGCUCUGUUUCCUUUUCUUCGUUGAUCUGGAGCGGUUAUGGGCUUGGUAGAGCAAGCCCCGCCUCUACAGCAAGAAGGAAUGAAAGAAGGAUUUGCACGACAGGGAAAAGAGAAAAUAAGUGGGGAAAAAAGACUCAGUGUUUGUUUUUUAAUUUUUUUUAUAUAUGUUGGUUCCCGAAGAUACAGAUAUUUAUGGUAAAUGGUUCUUCACGUAACCUAUUUAAGAUGCACUGUGCGUGAAAUCUGUAUGUUAUUUUCUAGUGUUAAGUUAUUAGGCAGUCAAGUGAGGCUCUUGGACUGUACCUUCUCCCCGCUCCCUUCUCUUGUGGUGUUUCCUGCCCCGUCCUUCUCUCUCUGCUGAUUCCCAAUACAUGGAGGUGAGGCUCUAUCAGUGUUGUUUUUUUGAAGUCUGUGUAAUAUGGACCUUCUGCCCCCAGUGUAACUCCAGUAUAGCAAUCUCCUGUAUAUAUAUGUAUAUCCACUAUGGGGAGACCCAGCAGCCUUAUCAAAGGGAAAUAAAGAACUGUCCAAACCUCA